CCCUCGCAUAUCUGCUCCCCGCAAGGGCCAGGAAAAAUCAGCAUAGCGUCCGCGAUGGCUGUGGACGUGAGAUAUCCACGAGGACCCUUGUACAGAGACAUAGACGGUUUCAGGCUGAACGCCUACGUGUCGAUCGACCUUUAUCGUUCAGCGUUAGGGUACAAGCCGAGAGCGGACGACGUCUUCAUCGCGACGUUUCCCAAGAGUGGGACGACAUGGACGCAACAGAUCGGCUACCUCAUUCUUCACGACGGAUCGCCUGCUCCCGACGGAAUGGACUUCUUCAAGACCAUGCCCUUCUUGGAUAUGUUCGGUGCCGAAGACGUAGAAAAGAUGAAGCGACCGGGUCUUAUCAAGACACACCUCCCCUAUAACCUGGUGCCGAAGAGUGCCUCCGCGAAGUAUGUGUACGUCUGCAGGAACCCAAAGGACGUAUGCGUAUCGUUUUUUUACCACACCAAGGGUUUCGUGGCGUACGACUUCGCGGACGGUAAACUCGAAGACUUCUUCGACGUUUUCGUGCAAGGCGCGACCGAUUUCGGCGAAUACUUCGAUCACGUCCUCUCUUGGUACGCUCACCGCAACGAUUCCAAUGUGCUGUUUAUGCACUACGAGGACAUGAAGACUGACACAAAGAAUCAUGUACUAAAGCUCGCUGCUUUCCUUGGCGACGAACACCACCGCAAACUUGUCGAACACCCGGAGGCACUGGACCGAGUGAUCGAGCUCAGCGGAAUAGAUUUCAUGAGGUCCAAAACGGGUGCCGACAUAAAAGCGUUCCUUACCAGGCCGCUGGACAACGAAAAAGACGUGUGUCCUGGUCUGAACCACUAUCAUGAUAUGGCGAUGAGAUAUCCCAAAACAGUGGGUUUUAUCCGCAAGGGUGUGGUAGGAAACUGGAAGGAGCACUUCACGCCUGAAAUGAACGCGGAAAUGGAAGCAAAGAUAUAUCAGAGGCUUGCCGGCACGGACAUUAUUGACGUCUGGAAGAGGCACGGUAUCCUAUGAACGAGCGUUUUUCAGGUAUUUUUGAAACCAAAGUUCUGACUGUGCACACCCGCUAGGUCCCAGCAGUGCUUCUUUAAUCCUUCUUUAAUGCGUGAAAUGCGAAGGUUGUGGGAUCGUUGCCCACCUGCGGAAAGUUGUUUGUUCAUCCACUUUCUCUUCAAUUAAUUUAUCGUUUCUGUAUUUCAUUUAUUACGCAUAAGUAAUUUCCCCUAUG